AAAUUCUUCCCCUUUGCCUUUCUGCAUUGCAACGUUAACCGGAAAAAAGGUAAAAGUUACAUUUUACGGCGGAAAUGUCUGUAGAAUCCUUUCUCCCAGCCAUUGACCAUGAUUUGACCGAGAUAUUUCCCAAAAUUUUCUCAGAAAAUCCUUCUUGUUUACUAUCUUAUCACCCGAUUUUCUGUGAUAACGCAUAGUUAAGAUGGCGGAACCAAUCAGCGUUAGAUCUCGACACUACCGCUCUUCCCAGAGGCUACUCAACCGCGAAUGGAGUCAAGAUUCGCGUCCCAUUGGCGAUGGAACUCCAACCAAUCAUUGAAUUAGUGUACCCGUCAAAUUAUCCAAUGUAAGUCCACAAAAUUAAUUCGUCUCUACCAGUGGUCAUCUCUCCAUUUUUAACCCGCAAAAUUCGAUUGAUUUUGGAAUUUUCGUCCACCGGGAUUCUGUGACUUGUGUUUAUUUCUCAGAAGACAAUUUUAAUGCCCUUGACGGCGCUGCUUGGCGUCUAAAGGCAAUUUCGUGGAAGCCAUUUUUCCGUUGUGUCCGCCGUCUGGAGUAAAGUUGCAGUUGCAAGAUUCUCUCGUUCACUGUGCGGAAAACAACGUUGUUAUCAUUGAAUGUGUUUUGAUAAAAACCUCUAGAAAAUUACAGUUUUCCUCCUCUAAGUCUCUCGUAAACUUAUAGAACUAAGUUUUUAUUCCCUUCCGCGAACUGCACGGAAGCGUUACGUGGUCAAAGUCAAACACUCUACAGUUCUAUACACAUUCACCCUACAAGACGAACUUUCAAGAUGCCUCUUUAUUCGUUCGUUAUUCACCCUAUCCGCACAAAUAUAUCGCUUCAUGAUCUCGAAUCUCCCCCUUGAUGAUCUGCUGUGAAUUCCUUUCAUCAUCCAGACCAACUCUCAGUCAUCAGUUCAGGAUCGGUAAAAUCUGAUAACAGAUUUCCAGUCUUUAAAAAUGACAGAUAAUCAAAUGGUCAUGCAGGCAAUAUCAGCCAAUGUGGGACAACAAGUUCAGGUUGUUCAAGGCGGCCAAAUAAUUCAAGGACCAAAUGGUCAGCAAUUACUCUUACAGAAUAUUCCCCAGGCAAAUCAAGGUGUGCAGCUUGGCGCACAGCUACAGGUUCUACCUGUCCCAGCCUUGCAGAGCACUGGUGGUCAAAUAGUGAUCCAGCAGCCAGCUCAAGCACAGUUAAUUCAAACGCCAGAUGGCCAAACUUUUAUCUACCAGCCAGCAGUUCAAGUGGCAGACAACACCGCCACUGUCCAAAGCCAAGUUCAGCCAACCUUAUUGAACAUAAAUGGAAACAUUGUUCAAGUUGCAACUGCCACGCAAGCUGCAGCCCCGAGUACGUCGACAGCAACUGCUACAGCAGCCAAUGCACAGCAAAAUAUAGUCAUGAUGGUAAACCCAAAUGCUGCAACCAAUGUACCUCAGUUCCAAAGAGUGCCCAUGCCGGGCGCAGAAUUUUUAGAAGAAGAACCUUUGUAUGUCAAUGCUAAGCAGUACAAACGUAUUUUGAAGAGGAGGCAAGCUCGCGCUAAACUGGAAGCUGAAGGGAAAAUCCCUAAAAGUAGACAGAAAUAUCUGCACGAAUCCAGGCACAAGCAUGCAAUGAACAGGAUUCGUGGUGAGGGUGGCAGAUUUCAUUCAGGCUCUGUCAAACGACAAAUGCAGCAGCAGCAACAACAACUUCAACAGCAACAAAACCAACAGCAACAGCAGCAUCAGCAUCAGAUGAAACCCCUGAAAAUCGAACCUCAUCCACCUAACCACAAUAAUCAAAAUAAUACGGGUGUAGAAGUUAAAGCGGAAAAAUUGAUGGAUAAUCACCACCUCCUUCAAGGGAUUGCAGUGAGCACAUCAGGGAUGGAGAAUUUUCCCUCAUCUCUGAUCAUUGAAACAUCGUCCUCGUUACCUGAAAUGAUUGCCAAAGCAGCUCAAUGACAGUAGCUGGGAGGAACUAACCUCUGGACAAACAAAGAGGCGGUUAAUGUUCCUGUUUUUAAUUGUUAAGACUAUACGGGACCUCCAAAGUUGUCUUACCCUACAAACUAGGGCUUUCGAUUGCUUUUGCGUAUGCUAUGUCACACCAUAUCUCUUUUAUAUUAGAAUUUUUAACUGUCCAUAACCCAAUGCCAUGCCUCAACCAGCAAGCUUGUCCAUAGUAGUCAGUAGUAGGAGCCUGGGCAAUUAUAUAACAUGGGCAUCAAUAUAACAGCUCUACUGUUGUGUGCAGAGACAGGAGAAGCUAUUAAUCUCACUCAGCUUCUCCAAAGUGGUGCCAUCAACCAAAAAAAGGUUUUGUGCCAUAUAGUGUUGUUUGGUAGGACAUGUUGGAAGGUUUACUCUGGGAUAGGCAUGCGAAAUUCUGUUCUUUUUCUAUUAUCUCAUAUUACAACUUUGCAAACUGCAGUUGAUUCAAUCACUCUUUUUAGAUUUUACCAGCAGUUUUUCCCCCCUUUUUUUCCCUAAAUAUUCUACUCAUAUCCUUUUAGAAUGUCAUGGGAGUUCGCUAGUUUUGAAUCCCAGCAUUCUAAGUAUUGUAAAGUUGUGGGUUUUGGCAAAACAGAAUUGAGGAGGGUUCUGAAAGGAAACCCCAUAAUGGUCCAAGUGUGAUUGUUUCUCCAAGCUGUGGCUGUCAGGACAAACGUCAGUAUAACUGAUCCUAUUGCUACCUGCUUGUCCAUGUAAGACAGAUGGGUGAAAUGAACUUGCUCUUGUUUUAUGUGCCCUUCUCCAAGAACCCUCCUCAAUUUUAUCACAGGUAAAAGGUAAAAAUGGCAUGGCACUGGGUUAAUUUCAUUUUGAACUGUUAAUUCACAGUUACUUACCUACCUUAAGGAAUCUAAUGAUAAUUUUUUUCAUCUCCCUGAGCGGUUCUUACGUUAAGUUUAUGACCUCAGCAAUACCUUAAGUUUUAAGUUGUCAUCAUCUAUCUUUUACGUUCUUGACCUGCUGGCUGAUUGUUCAAAUGUAUAGGUAAACAACAGGUUAUAAUAGAGCUGAAGAGAAAUCUAAUAAUGUUAUCAUUAGUUUGGAUUAAGUGAUUUUCAGCCCAAUGGAGUUUUUGCGUAUGUCAAGGAUUUUCGAAUUAAGUACUUUCUCUUUUCUAUAAUUUUGCAAAAAAACAUGAUGGUACCACUGCUCAUCUUUGAAAUGAACUACCGAGCUCAAAAGAAGCUUUAAGCUGAAGCCAUAAUGGAGGGGCUCUCCAAGCUACUCAGAGAGUUUUACCAGACAUUGAAGUGUACUCUUAGCGAAGUGUGGGGGACUCCCUGCCAUCCCGGUCUCAACUUAGAAUGCUUUUAUGGAGUUCGUUUUAAAGAAAAUCAGUGACACUAUUGCUUCUAGCAAUAUUUCUUACAAGAAAUAGUACUUAGUGCCGAAGUCGCGAAUCUCUGACUAACGAAGGAGUUCCAUUAAGAAGAUAAUGUGAUCCAACCGGUUAAUGAAGGAAAUGAAUCCUAGAAAGAACCCUGCUCACAUAAUGGGGGCUCAACAGCCCCCAGUACUUUUUGAUAAACCUUUAAUAAGUUGACGUUAAGUUCAUAAUUAGCUUAAAGCCAAAAAAUUAGGAGAUUCAAGAACAGGAGCGGAGAUAUUUGCGAUUGAACAUAUUGACUAUUUUCUAACAUGUCAGGAGACAUAUGAGUUGGUGUGUUCAAUCGCGAAUAGCUCAGCUCCUACUCGGUGGAAUUGCCUAAUUUUUUGGCUUUAUGCUAGUGAUGAACUUUUUGUCAACCUAGAAACAUUUCAUCAAAAUGUACCGGGAGCCUUUGAGCCCUCAUAAUGCGUGCAAGGUUCUAUUUUUGACUUGUGGAUCUGCUAAUAAAGAAACAUUUUUCUCUGCAACAGUAGUGUAACUGUUGCUCUAUAAUGAAUAAUUGAGAUCUUCUCUCAAUUUAACAGUGAUGAAUGAUUAGUGAUCGGAAUGAUAAGGAGCAAUAAAUGAUAAUGCUGCUUUCGAUUUUGAUGAAAGAGACAGUUGUCCGCUCUGUAACUUAAGCCUGAAAGAUUUUGAAUGAGCAAUGUUAAAUCAGUGACUAGUGGACCAAAGUCAGGUUUUUAAAUUGGCUCUUACAAUAUUUGGGCGAUUGAGAAAUUUUUUGCUCAAGCUCUAGAUAUUUUAUUUCUCUGUAAACUAUUUUUCUGUGUUCCAAAAAUAUCUUGUCUUUAAAUAAAUGCUACUUUUAUUUACCUUGCGAACACAGAUUUUGUGUACGCUGUUCCGUUUCUAAGAACAUACAUUAUUCUUUGUUAGAUCUCCUAUAUACAUUGCUGUGCAUCAACCAAUGGAAUCUGUCAAUUUCUGUGUUGGUGGAUGUAGGAAAACUUUUCCUGCUUUGAAGUUGGAACAGGAAGUUGUUGUUAGACUGAGAACUUUCUCAUUACAAAUGUACCGCCACAAAUCACAAAUUAGUGACCAGUCAUUUUGGGAGACAAAAUCUGUGUUUUUAUUGGUAAAAUUUGCUUUAUUAAGGUGGUAUUUACCCUUCUAUUAGCUAUUGAUCAAUUAAUAACUAAAAUUAAGUUUCGUUUAGACUAACUCCCAAAAAGAAGAAAUAUUAUCAGUACUCAUGAAUUUGACAUUCUGUUGUGUCUUCUUGUAAAGAUUGAGGUUCUUAAACUUUAAGAUGUAGGAAAUAUGUGCUGGGGAGAAUAGUUCAUGCUCCAUUCGAUUCAUUAGGGAUGGAUGCAUCUCCCACACAUACUUUUCCCCUUAUUUUAAGGCUUACUUACGUACUUUUUUAUAUGAAAUCACUGCAGAGUGGGCACUUCACACUGGCAUCAACAUUUUAAUGAAAUAACCACAGCAAUGUGUUGAUCAACACAUUAAUCAAUAGCCAAUUCAAGGGCCCCACUGGUAGCAAAAAUGUUCUGUAAAUAAGUUUCUCUAAUUUUCAUUGUUGUUUAAAGUUUGAAAAAAAAUUAAAUUAUUGGAAAGAUUUA